GUCACAUUCCACGACGUGUUACAACAGGGAGAGUUGCACUCAUUUUUCCAGUUUGACUGACAGCCUGAGCAGGAAAGUUUGUGACUCUCAUAAGAAUACCUGGUCUAUCCAGUGCCUGCCUCCUCUUCUCUGAACCGUUAAGGAACAGUGCCUGUGACCACCCGCCCCCCCAUCACCACCACCAACCCUUUUUAAAGUUCCUGAUUUCUGUCAGUGUUAUUUUCUUUCUCUGCUGACCCCUGUCUCUCUCUGUCAAUAAGCCAGCCAUCGCGACGACACGUGGAAUUUUUCAUUAGCUUGCCCUGCAGCUGUUUAUUGCCUGUGCACUCUUUUCCACCCUCCCUCCCUCUCUCGCUCUCUCUCCCUCCCUUUCUCACGCUCUCGCCUUCCCUCACGUUCUCUCGCACUCUCUCGCUCCCUCCCUCUGUCACAGUCUCUCUCUCUCCCUCUGUCCCCUGUGCUGGUGUCUGGCUCUCCAUUAGCCCGAGCGGGCAGCUUGGGAUCGGCCAAUGGCGGGGUCCUACACUGUGGUUAUCAUCCCCCUGCACAGCAACCUUCACAGUCUGGACGCUCUCCGCUUCUUCCUCUGGCUGAAGAGGCUGAAGGACCUGGAGCAGGAGAAGGACUGCCUGUGGGCCGGGCUGCAGGUCCUGGAGCAGGCCCGGCUGUGGUACGAGGGCCGGCUGCAGGAGAACCGGGAGAGGCAGUGCUUUGCCGGGGAUGGCACGUGGGGCGAGGCGUUUCCUCCUGCGUGCUGCAGACAUCGGAGUGGCCAGAGGAGCUGCCAGAAGCACAGGACUCCGUGGAUGCAUGGGAGUCUUCCGUCAUUUAAUGACAACCCUUCCAGAUCGUGUCUGCUCAGGUCUUGUGUUCAGAGGGUAAAUGGAAGUCUGGGUAAUCUCAUGUGUGACCCCAAAGUGGCUGCUGGCCCAUGCCCAGAAGAGAGGGCAGAUUCCAUCUCCAACCUCCGAUGGCAGAACACGUUGCUAAUACAGGAGGUGAGUGAUAAGAGCCGGGAGAUCUCCAGGCUGGAGGAGGAGAGAGACAGUCUUCUCCAGCAGCUCGUGGUAUCAGCUUCCAUGGUUUUGCCUGACCGGUGAUUUUGAUGUCCUUCACAAGUGAUUCUGAUCUUGAGACAUGUAGCAGCCAUGUAGGAGAGAAGUGUUGAAAUUGUCCCUAAUCACUGAUGGAGGAUCAGUAUCACUGUUUAACGCUGAAUGGUUGGAAGUUAAGAUUGUCGGCCUGGAAGCUGAUCCUGGAUCUGUUGGCAGCAACUCCAGGACAACAACAGAACAGAACAGAUGCAUUGUGGGAAACCAAAUAUUUGUAAUGGUGAAUCACACACAGUAGAUGGCAGCAGUUGCCCAACUUCAUGCACACAAACGUGUGAUGCAUGAGUAAAAGUGGAAUUCAUGCACACAUAUCAUCCCAGAUGCAUAUAAUUUAUAUGUUAAUACAUAAAAAUUGACAAUGUUUUGAUGUUUACGCACAGGAUUUUAUGCUUAUGUACAAAUAAAUUUGUUUGGGUACAUUA